CCUGGCCUCACAAAGUCCCAGCCAGUUUGCAGCUUGAGAGAGAUUAAAAGUGGAAGCUAUCAAGCAAGAAAAGAAAAGGAAAUACCUACACCUCUAGUCCUGCACACUCCUGCCCCCCCCCCCCCCCCCCCCCCCCAAACUUCUCAAUAGCUUCAAAUCAACUUUUCCUAGCUAGCCCUUCAGCUUCCAAUCAAGUGUUGCUUCAUCACAUACACAGUGAUUUGUGACCAGCUAAUGAAACCAAGCAUCUAGCUUAGCUCUUGUUCUUGGCUCCUUGGCUGGAUAUAAGGUUUCUGUGCAGCAGCAGCUUCAGCUCAGCUUCAAUGGAGGAGCAGCUGAACCCACUGGCUGUGACACAGCUGCUGCAGCACACGCUGCGUGGCCUCUGCACCCAUGGCGAUCCUCAGUGGGUGUACGCUGUCUUCUGGCGGAUCCUCCCAAGAAACUACCCACCUCCAAAAUGGGAUCUUCAGGGUGGUGUUUAUGACAGGAGUAGAGGAAACAGGAGGAACUGGAUCCUGGCAUGGGAGGAUGGAUUCUGCAACUUUGCAGCCUCUGCCUGUGACCAAGAGGACACACCAGCUGCUGCUGCCGGCUACACUGACUAUGCAGCUGUGCAUGAGGUGAAGGGACUGCAGCCUGAGCUCUUCUUCAAGAUGUCCCAUGACAUCUACAACUAUGGGGAAGGGCUGAUAGGGAAAGUGGCAGCUGACCACAGCCACAAGUGGGUAUUCCAGGAGGCCAAUGAGCAUGAGAUCAACCUGAUUGCCUCAUGGAACAAUCCUGCCGAUUCUCAUCCAAGGACAUGGGAAGCUCAGUUCCAGUCCGGCAUCAAGACCAUUGCUCUGAUCGCCGUCAGAGAAGGCGUUGUACAGCUUGGCUCCAUGAGGAAGGUGGCGGAGGACCUAAGCUACGUGGUGGCGCUGCGGCGGAAGUUCGGCUACCUGGAGAGCAUCCCGGGGGUGCUGCUGCCGCACCCAUCGUCGGCCGCGUUCCCCGGCGGCGGCCUGCAGGACGCGGCGGCCUGGCCGCCGGGGGCCGUGCCGCCGAUGGAGCUCUACGACCCCUACUACGGCCAUGCCGCGGCGGCGGCACAAAUGCACAUCGUGCCGUCGAUGAGCAGCCUGGAGGCACUCCUCUCGAAGCUCCCCUCGGUCGGCCCCACGGCUCCCGGCGCCAUGGGCGCGGUGGCCAAGGAGGAGCUGGAGCUGGACGACCCCGACCACCACGGCGCCAUGGACGCCGCGGCGGGCAGGCGCGGUGGCGGGAGCACCAGCGCCAGUAGCGCUGCCGCCGCCGCCGCCGCGACACCGUUGCCGUACUACGUAGACGUGGCCAAAGCCGACGAGGGGUUUUAGCUUGGUCGCCGCGUGUCUCCGUCGCGCGGCUGUGCGCACACGGUUGUUGCAAUGUCUUUUCUCUUUUCAUUUCUAGCGUGCAUUGUGAUGAUUAUUCUAUAUCAACCCAAUCAUGUGAGCGCGGCUGUGUGCUUGGAGACUUGGAGGCGUCGUACUGCAGCGUGCGUACGUACGUACGAUAUCCUGUACGUCAGAUUCUGUCGAUCGAUCACACCGUACUGCAUUCUCACCAGGGAGUUGGAUUUUUACGAUU